AUGGCUGAGAGUACGUCCAUGCUGCCAUGGCUGAUCGUUCAAAUAUGCGCAUUUGGGGUGAAUAUGCUACUCCGUCUGCUAUUACCACGAAAGUCGGCGAAACAGGUUCUGCUUGACAGGCUUGAACGCGCCCGGUCAUUCGAGGAGUGGCUCAAUCUUGCCGUGGACAUCGACGAAGUCCUAGGGAACGACAUCUGGCGACGGAAUCCAGAGAGCAGGCUCUAUGAUCACCGCUUAAUAUACAAUCGUUUGGAGAAGGUCAAUGAGGUCCUGGAGACAGGUGGCAUCCAAGAACUUGGAAAUAUCAUAGUAACCGGGCUGGUACGGAAUCUGGGCGACAUCACGGUGCCGAGACUAUACAACAGAGCGUAUGCAGGGACGAAACAUGUCAUCGAAGACUAUGUACUCCAGAUGGAGACUGCUAUCACCGAGAUUGAUCUCAGCCCAACGAACUAUGCAGGUGGACUGGGAAGCCAGGCGAAGAUGAACUUCUUCCACGACUCCCGCUUGGCAUAUGGGAGGACGUGUCUACUGCUUCAAGGCGGUUCAGUGUUCGGCUUGUGCCAUCUCGGCGUCAUCAAAGCCCUGUAUACGCAAGGUCUCCUUCCUCGGGUCAUCUGUGGCAACGCUACAGGGGCGCUGAUGGCUGCGCUGGUCAGUGUCCACACCGACCAAGACCUCCUCGACUUCCUCAGCGGGGACGGUAUCAACCUCGAUGCGUUUGCCGAGAAGUCGAAGAAGGCCAAGAAACUUGCAGAGGCCGCGAGCAGUCUGGAGCGAAGCGCCUACUCCUUGUUCGUAUUUCCACGCCGCUUAUGGCGUUGGUUCACGUCCGGCUACGUACUCGAUGAAGAGGUGCUCAAGGAAUGUGUUGAUGCUAAUGUAGGAGACAUUACCUUCGAGGAAGCGUACAAGCAGACGGGGCGGGUUCUGCACAUUACCAUUUCGACAUCGGACUCUGCGGUGCCGUCCCUGCUCAACUAUCUGACCGCUCCGAAUGUACUCGUUCGCACGGCCGCUUUGGCAUCAAAUGCACCGGACGCACUGGAAGGCAAGUUUAAGAUACAGUGUAAGGGCCGCGAUGGCCAGCUCGAGGAUUGGCAUCUUCCGGUCGAUGCUCCCGUGGAAGGCACGCCACUGGCCCCCCUUCCGAGGUACAGGAAGUCAGCGUCGACAGAGUAUGACAGGCAUACGCCGUUAAGUAGGCUGAAAGAGCUGCACAAUGUCAACCACUUCAUCGUGUCGCAAGCGCGGCCCUACCUCGCGCCUUUCUUGGCACCUUCAUCACAGCACUCGAACUCGCCCCGCUCCAGCAAGGAGCCGUGGAGCAGUCAAUUCAUGCGGUACCUCAUUCUGGAAGUACAGCACCGCAUGAUGCAGCUUGACCACCUCGACCUACUACCGCGCAGCCUACGCCGCCUCCUCUUCGAAGAGAGUGUCCCGGCCGCAUCUUGGAUACUAGUGCCGAAAGUGAAAGCUUCUGACUUCCUGCGCUUACUGCGGAACCCACGCAAGCAAGAUGUGGACUACCUAAUCUUGAAGGGCGAACGCUCUGUCUGGCCGGCAGUUUCCGCCUUACACGUGCGGUGCGCGAUUGAGGUGGCUCUUGACAAGGGGUAUCAACGAGUUCGCAGACUGAAGCCUAACCGCACGUUCGGUGACGCACCGGAACUGAACGCUACUGUUGAAAGGAGUAGGAAGCGGAGGCGGACCAGGACUUCAUUUAGCGAUCUCACGGCAGAGACGGUACCUCCAGAGUGGCGGACCUGA